AUGUCUUCGAACAAUCCCCCUCGAGCACCAUGGAGGGAACUACUAGAUUUCCAGCUACGCCAAACGCCCGGAUACGAAUUCACAAUUGCAACUGUUGAACAAAGCGAGGAGGGUAAAUACUUUCCGCGCGCUCGUAUCUGUGGUUUUCGCGGCUUUUUCCCCGAUGUUGAGCUCCAUCCCAAUGGUGAAAACGACAUGCAGGAGCAAGUUAUCAACGGAGGGAACCCACCGAGCUUUGAAAGCGACCUGUUUACCUUCACCACGGACGCCCGCAUGGAAAAGUUGUCCCAACUACAGUCCUCAGAGCAUGAAAUUGAGGCGCUGUUCUGGCUGAAAGAAGUUUCAUCGCAGUGGCGUGUCAAGGGGAAGGCUUUUGCGAUCGGGAAUCCGCACGGCGAGUGCGAUGAAGGAGAAAGAGAGGCAAGAGCUGCGAUACGAAGAGAACUAAGAUUGAAGCCCGGCACGAAUUCUGCGAGCGCAGGUUGGACCUUCGAGCAUGCCGUGACGAAAUAUUUUGCGAAUCAUUCUCCGGUGAUGAGAGGUUCUUUCAGGGCCCCUCCGCCUGCCAGUCCAAAGCGCGGCGAUUUUCCCGAUACUGGUCUGAAUCCAAGUCUAGCUGUUACCGAUCUCUAUGACAAUGUGGCGCGAGAGAACUUUCGAGUAGUUGGCAUCUGUCCUCGGGAAGUCGAGCAGCUGGACCUAUCGGACAGGGACCGUCUGCGGCGGUGGAGGUGGACACUCAAAACCAAGGAAGAGGAUGAAAAGAUAUCUUUUCAAUGGCUUCAAACCGAGCUUAACCCAUGA